AUGGAAACCCUCAUUUCCCAGUUCACCUUCUUCUCAGAUGAACCUUUGCAUGACAAAAGUUUUGAUCUUUUCACAUCGGAAGACCUGAUGAAUCUGUUUGAGAUUGAGUCAUACAAAGCAUGGGUAGCUGUGGAACUUGAGCAAGACAAAGAGGUGGAAGAAGCAGAGGCUACUAUGCAACAAGCAGAGGAUCACUUUGAUUGGAUCAUGGACAGUGCCAUGGAAGAGUUCAGGUACUUUGAAGAAGAAGUUGAGAGAAUGUCAAAAACUGGAGUUGAUAGCUUUAUUGAAACUGCUGAGAGUGAAAGAAAAAUGGAGGAAAAUGCUGUUUCUGUUGCUUCCAAGAGGUUCAUUGUUGAGGCUUCAGUUAACUCGGUCAUUGCUUCUAGCAAGGUUCAUCCUUCUAAGCAACACAUGUGA